AUGUCAUCUGCAGCUGCUCAACAAUUUCUUUUAUUAGCUAAAUCAGUUCGUGGUUCAGCUGCUGUUGAUUUAGUAACUCGUGUUCUUGAACAUCCUGAUAUAUAUGGUUUUAAUGAAUUUCUUCAUCUUGAAUCACUUGUAAAUUCUCUUAAACAAAAUCAUUCCAUUGUUUUAUCAACAUUAGAAUUAUUUGCCUAUGGAACAAUAUCAGAUUAUGAAUCCCAACGUUCACGUUUUCUAACAUUAUCACCAUUAGCACGUCGUAAAUUACAAUUAUUAACAUUAGCUUCAUUGGCUGUACAUGCUCGAAUAUUACCUUAUGAACUUUUAUUAAAACAACUUCAAAUUGAAAGUAUACGUGAACUUGAAGAUUUAAUUAUUGAUGGAAUAUAUGCACAAGUUAUACGUGGAAAAUUAGAUCAAUUAAAUAAUCGUCUUAAUGUUGAAUAUGCUAUUGCACGUGAUAUUAAUACAAUAGCAUUUAAUCGUAUAGAAAAUAUACUUGAUAAAUGGUGUUUAAAUUGUUCUAAUUUAUUAAAUAUUUUAAAAUAUGAAGCAAAAAUUGCUAAUGAAAAAAAGAAAAAAUCUUUAAAUGAACAAGAUAAAUAUAAAAAAGAAAUGUUAUCAAUGAUUAAAAUAAUUGAUUUACAAGGACAACAUUCAGGUGGAAGUUCAAAACGUGAUAGUAAUGAAAAUGAUAAUAAUUUUAAUUCAUUACAAAAUCUUUCAAAUAUAACAACCGGUAAUACAGAUUCAAAACAAAGUGGAACAAAAAAAUCAACACGAAAUGUUGCUAAACGAAUUCUUCGACCAUAA